GAACUGUAUUUCACUACAACAUUUCUCCUCAAGUUUCAACAUGUCCCGACGAAAAGUGGAAGAAGCGGUGUUGAAAAAAUCAGAUAAGACAAUGUCCUUUUGCCUGUCAAAUCCAGAAGUGAAGCCGAAACACCGGCCAUUUUUUUGAAAUCUGUAUUCACUUUUCUACAGAACACUGAUUUUUGAUGGUUUCUUUACAAAAAUCGAUCGGAUUACUGUUACUUUCAGCGAUAAUUGGCUUAGUUUUUUUGAUACAGCAUAGGAAAAGCUAUACUUCAUCUGAUGCUCUCCUGGAAAAUGGUUACCCCAAUAAGUACUACACAAUAGAAAAUCCUGCCGAAGAAGGCGAACGCCGAAGUUACUCUAUUCAAACCGAAAUGCAUGCUGACCAAUAUUGUAUCGCGUACAAAUUUUUAGAAGCAACUGAAUCAUUUCGCGAGGCAGACGGCCUAGAACCAGUAACUCUGGCAACUCAUGCAACUGCAGAUAUGAUUGAGACUGUUGAAAAUAUGACUUUUCUGUGGGAUGGGCCGAUUUCAAUUGGAAUAUUCGUUGAUUAUCAUUCUUAUAAUGUUCUUGAGUACCUAGCAGAAGUGCAUCGAUGUGACGUUUCUUUCAGAAGAAAGAUGAAUGUACACUUUGCAUUCCGCCGAUCUCCAUUUCAAACCGAAUGCCCCCUGAUUGAAAUUCCGCAGUCAAACAGAUCAUGCCAGGAAUUCUUUGCUACUCACACAGAACUCCGCAACGCAAUUGUUGGCCCUUUCCAGUUAUACCCCAGCAAUCUAAUGCGGAAUAUUGCUCGAAAAGGAGCCCAAACUGAUCUUCAGUUCAUAAUGGAUGGAGAUAUGGUUCCUAGUGAGGGAUUUGCAACGAAAAUUAAACGAAUUGCUAAUGAAGUUAUUGAUGGGAAGAACAAAAGAGUUUUGGCCAUUCGAAGGUUUGAGACUUCUGAUACUGCAGAAAUUCCAAGAGAUCAUCUGAAAUUGUUAAAGUCGAAAAAGUUGCACAAAACUUUUGAGUUUCACCAUCGCUAUUUCCCAGAAGGACAUCAUAUUGAUGGGCUUGACGAUUGGUUCAGGACUUCGAUUCAUUCAGGGGUGGUCACCACGAAGGAAGUAGCUUACCCUGGCUAUCUCUGGGAAGUGCAAACAAUUCUGCAUCGCAACGACCCUUACAACGCUGACUAUUUCCCAUCCAGGAUCAAGGUUAUGCACUCCUUGGUGUAUGCCCUCUGUCGUGCAGGGUACACAUUCCAUGUGCCAACUCAUGUGUUUGAUUCUCAUAGGGGCAUCAAGCAUACCAAUACGAUAUACUCAAAAGCUACGAUAGCCCACCAAGAAGCGUAUGCAAUGAAGGAAGCUGGUGAUCGGUACAUCAAGGAAAUGGAUGAUUUAUACCCACAUACAUUGAGUCAAUGUGGAGAGUUUUCAAUGAUUUGAAUAAAAAAUGUAUAUCGAAUUAAUGUGGAGUUUAAUACCAACCGCUGGCCACGCUACCGGCGUUUUUCUCUAAAAAUUUAAACUUUUCGCCAAAUUUUUUUCCGAUUUUUUUCGAGUAACUGCUGUAGAAAUAUGAUAGCCAUAUUUUUUUUUAAUAACUGUGCUUUUUUUGAAAUAAAAAAACAAUUAGUUGUGUCAAAGUAAAUGACCCGGACUCGUACGGUAUCGUACGUAGGUCUGCUAAAUUGUAAUUUUUACCAAUAUUGUUAGCGUUCAUAACAAGAUUUCGCUGUUAGAAUAAAUAUGACUAACAUCGUUAAAACAUUUAAUCUUAUAAUAUUUGUCUGAUGAAUGUGUUUUGUAUUGCUCAAUGGUGUUAUAAUCUUUAUAUAAACAAGAAUGAAAACAUU